AAGGGAUGAGGGGUUGUGCGCCGCGCCAUGUUCCCCUCAAUGUUGCGCAGCUUUUCAUGUUAUCGAUUGCUUAAUUCUCCUCGCUACCUCUCUAAAGCGGGACGUAUCGCCUGUUUAGUGAACACAGUGAAAAUAAUAAACGAAAUGGCGAAGAAACUCAGCCCAGAAGAAAACUAUUGGACUCCGUUCCAACAAGACGUGCUGAAGAUGGUACAGCGCCACCCGAUCACUUACAUCAGGGACAUUAUGAUGACCCCAACCCAAUACAAGGCCGCUGUGACGACAGCGUGGGAGCGCAUUUCGCGCGACAUCCACAUGCCCCAGAAAGCUUGCAAGCAGGAGUGGACCAGCAUAAAACUGAGAUAUGCCAAGUUAAACAAUUUAAUCCGCUUUGGGAAAGUGACAGAGGAGGUGAUCACGCUACAUCCUAAGACGAGCAAGUACAUGGAUGGAUCUCUGGAGUUCAUCGAUGCUUACAUUUACGAGAUUAAUGAUGACGACAUCCCUCCACAUAUUCACAAACGCUUCAAUAAGCUAUUUGGGGUCACAAGCAAGCAGGUCGUCACUAAAGAGAUGGUACAGGCUUUGUUAAAAAACCGCACACAAGAGGAAGAACCGAACGAUGAAAUGGGGAAAAUGCAUGUACAAAAUCUGAUGAAUAUUGUUGAGGAUGCUGUAGAACGGUCUCUCAGGGAAAUGAACACGUCAGAUGAGCAACCGGAACAGCGUACUGCUGGCUAGGCAAACAUGGCGUGGCACAUUAUGUAAGAAUUGCAUCACAACACAUUUAAUCACUUAUCGUAUUCAACUUUAUCGAUGUGGUCAUAUCAAUGUUCGAUGUUCGUGACUUUUGACGAAAAUGUCUUCUGGAAGACUGUUUGGGACCGCAAAACAAUCAAUUAUAGAAUAUGAAAGAGGGAUUCUUGGACUGGAAGAAGUCAGGAGAGGACUGUGCAGACGGCACGUAGCGGAUGGUGCAGGUGGUGUAUACCGAAGAAACGAAAAGACAUAAAAAUACUGGAAACAAAGUGGACUGACUACGGGAAAGCCAAAUUUGAAAUUUUAAGUGUUAGUUGUAGUACCUACUGUUUGAAUAAAAUAAAAUGUUACAUCUCGUCACACCGUCAAUGUGUUUGAACCAAUAAUGUUGUAGACGUACCUAUUAUGCAUUCAAAAUAAAGUAUCAAUUUUUCUCUUGAC